UUAGAAGAAGAAAACGGUGUUGUGUUGGGCCUGAAAAAAAAAAAAACGGUGUUGUGUUGGGUCGAUCGGUUAUAUCGGUCCAGGAAGGAAGGGGGGAGAGAGGGGAGAGAGAGAUGUAUCUGAAGAAGGCGUUGUGGAAGGAGGAAUUUGCAGCAGCAGGAACAGAAACAAUAAAUAAUAAUAAUAAUAAUAAUAAUAAUAAUAGAAAAGAAGAGGAGGAGGAGGAGGAAAAAUCAAAAUCAUGGUGGUGGGAGGUGAGCACAAGACUGGAGGAAGAGAGAGUAAAAAGGGAGGUAACGCUGGCCCUUGGAACCGGUCUUCGUGACGCUCGUUCCGAUUUCUCUUUCUUACGAUUGCGUGGUCUUCGCAGCAUCCUCAAAUUCCUCAGAUCCAUCGCCGCCGCCGCCUCUGAUUCCGCCAUCAUCAUCAAUACUAUAUUCUCUCACACCCAAUCCAUCCCCGCUCUCCAAGUGGUCCCAGUUGUGUUUGAACACUCUUUACGACAAGAAGACACGGGGGAGGAUGAGAUAGUGAGCAAUUUAGAUCACAUUUUCAGCGUUCAACCCUUGAAAAUCACUAGUCCCUCUACUGAUGCUGAAGUUUCCCUUGCCCUUAGAGUUCUGGAAGGAUGUUGUUUACUCCAUAAGCACAGCACCCUUUUGGCUCAUCAAUACAAACCAAUUCAGGUUUUGAUGAACAUAUUAGCAACACGGGGACCGCUUGUGCAAGGUGCAUGCUUAGAUGCUCUCAUCUCAAUUAUGUUGGACUCAUCUAUUAAUCAAUCGGAUUUCGAGGAAUGUAAUGGCAUUGAGGAAGUGGCGUUGCUUAUAGGAGACAAACAAGCUGAUGAAAAUUUGAGGAUGAAAUGUGGAGAGUUCCUGUUGUUAUUGAUUGGACAUGUGAAUGGGAGGGAAGGGGCACCCAUGGCAGCUAUACAUGAUGACAUAAGGCGUCUCUUGGGUGAGAAAUCUGCUUCCCUGAUAUGGGCUGCAAGUCAAUUUGGUUCCACUCUUGAUCCUGAUCAAAGACUCAUGGCUUUGCACAUUCAAGCUCGCAGGGUGCUCGAGUCAUUAGACCUAUAUUGACCUUAACUUAUUUUGUAUGUAUUCAUUCAACUAAAAUUUAACCAAAUGUUAUGUUAUAAAGACUUGAUAUGAAGCACAUAGCAUGGGCGAAUAUUAAAUAAAAUGAUAUGAAAUGAUAUUAGCCUAUAGGUUUACAACAAGUUGGAAGUUUACUAUAUAGCAUGUGUGACAAUAGGGAAUUCUUGUAGGAGUGAAGGCAAGUCUGGUGUUAUUCACUUAUUUGCGUUAAUGUUAUUUUUCUUUCUUAA